CAAAAAUAAAAUGCGCAACCACUAUGACAAGGCCGUAUUUGAUGACCAGAAUCCAGAAAGUUGAACCUCGGUUUCAAUGUAAUAUGCGUAUCUAUGUGUAUGAAUGCCCUUUGAUGAAUCACUCCGCUCAUCUGUGUGUUGUUGAAUCAUCAUUCCGCUCAGCAUUCUCACCAGAUGGCAUUCGUAUUCUUGUAAAAACCAAAACAAAGGUGUGGGUUAGUAACUUCGUACGAAACUUCAGAUAAAAAAAGGAAUUGUUUCGUGGUUAGUUUUUAACAUACUAGUGUGACACCGUGAUCAACGUACCUACUUAACUAUUUGGCUACAAAUGGCCUACGAGCAGGAAGACCUUUACGAGAAUGUUGUCUUCCGGAAUUCACAAAUCGUUUACCCCCCAGAUAUGGCCAGCAACUUGACUCCAGCUACUGCUGCCGAUUCAAGGAUGUUUCGGCUAGAUUCACGGCAAGAAACCUCCAAGCCAACACGACCUCGCCAAAGCCUUUUAGAUGCUUUCGAUCCAGUACUCCAGAGAAAAUCAAUAGCAUCAUCAAAUCGACCAAAGCACUCUGAAUUGCUAAAGUUGAGUCAUAUUGAUUUCACAGAUGUUUCUGCGCCACCUCCCUUGCCCAAAAGAAAUGCCAGCUUCAAGGUUCACCAGUACGACCCUGUGGCAAUUGAAAAUGGACGAGUUGAAUUUGAAUUGAAGGUAGAAAAAGUUCCAGCUCGGGUUCUGCCAGAUGGUGAGUCAUCUGCCACCAGCGAAGAAGAGGAAGAAUUCCCUGCUUGCCCAUCUGCACCCCGAAAUGCAACCCACAAGCAGAAAGUCAAAGGUCUGAUGAACAAAGUUACUAACGUAGACUGGUUAACUGGGCUAAAAAGACUUUCCACUAAUGUGUCACUGGCAUCGAAAGACUCAGAUCAGUUGGAUUGCAGUAGCAUUACUACACAGCAAAUGAAACUAGGUUCCACAGAUGGCUUAGGCCAUGCCGGUAUGCUUAGCUGGAGCAUAACUGGAAGCAAGAAAGAUCCACAGAGUUUGUGGACAGAAUUGAAAAACCGUGUUUUGUACGGGUACGCUGCCCAGAGAACCGAAGCCCCGGUCUACGUGAUAAAUCUGGAAAAACUCGUGUCAAUUGGUCUCUCUCGCGCAGAAGAUUUACUCUGCUUUGAGCUAGCAAGUUCCAAGGAAAAAUCCAAGAUCCUCAUAACGGUGAAUACUGAAAAAGAACGCUUCAAAUGGAUGGAGUGGAUAUUAGAGGACGCCUUUGGACAUACAUUUUCUUCCGAGCUACGGAGAUGCUUCACUCGCUGCGGUCGGGUAUUCAUCAAAGACGGCAUUACGGGAGAAUGGCAAAUAGCUUGGCUACUCAUCCAGUCGCACAGCAAAAAGCUCUGGGUUAAGAAAGCGGUCGGUCCAAUCAUCUGUGAAGAUUUACGCAAAGUCCAUUCCGUGUCUCAAUUGAGCGAUGGCGGAGGAAGUCCCUACGCCCUUCAAGUUGGUUCGCCCAUAGUUAUUCACUGGGCCGACCACACGUGCUACAUUCAAAGCGAUCUCAAAGCCGAAACGGAAGCCUGGUAUCAUUUGAGCCGGGCCGUGGCUCUCCAAUCCGGUACCGAUUUGGGUGAUCACCAACUCACGGCUGACGAUGUUCCCGUUCUGGUCGAAUGCUGCAUCAAAUUCAUCGAAACCUACGGCAUGCUCACGGAGGGUAUUUACAGAAGAAGUGGAGUACAAUCCAAAAUCAAUCGAUUACUGGUCGGACUCCGCUACGAUGCCUGGAAUGUUCAUAUUUCGUGUGAGGAAUAUACCGAACACGAUGUUGCCAACGUUCUCAAACGGUUCUUGCGCACAUUACCUGAACCGCUGCUCACUAAUGAGCUCUAUUCCCAGUGGAUUGAUGGUCUAGCCAUGGACAGUCACGAGCAUCAGUUGGACCUGUACAAGCACCUAAUUAGUGGACUACCCCACGUCAACAGGCGAACAUUACGAAAACUAUUAGGCCACUUGCACGCCGUGCAAAAUAAAUGUGAGAAGAAUUUAAUGUCCGUUAGCAAUUUAGCAGCUCUUUGGGGCCCUAACUUGAUGACGGUCGAAAGCGCACGUGAUCACACUUCAAAUUUCAGCCACACGAACGCUGAAACGGAUGUCGUACUUCAGUUGAUUCAAUACUACCCCUGGCUAUUUGACGUUGAUCGAGAGAAACUAGCCGUAAACGAUCAGAUCUCGGAAAUGCAAGAAAGGUUGGAACAGGGUGCGUUUGCCAAAAAGACGGCCGGAGAUAUCCGUACUUGGAUAUUCAGCGAACUAGUCGACCAGGACGUCGCCGUCGAGAUUGGACCAAGGGUAAAGGUCUGUGACGUCUUACCUGGAUUACGAUCUGCCGACUGUAAACCAAGUGGCGCUAUCUUGAUGGAAUCCAUUUGCCAGGGUGAUCUCAGGAGACCGCUGCACUUCAAAGAAUUGUUACUACCAGCUUUACUCAAAUGGGCAGACUGGUCUGAGGAGUAUCGUAAAGAUAACCAACUUGUUUUCGGCCGCCAUCCCGUCAUAGAUAAGCUCUGUAUGAACGACAAGAUCCUAUUAUCUAAAUCGAUGUUCGAAGUUCACUAUUCCGGUCCCAAGAGUAAAGGAUUCCGGCAAUGUCCUUUUGAAUUCUGCCAAGCCAGAUUUACAAUCCUCAAAGAUCUUAAGAAUCAUACGGUACACGGUCGCUGGGAUUUAGAGAACAUUUUGUGGUACCUCGGAGGUGAUUCGAAACGUAACACUCCCACAAGAUGGUGCGUUACCUUUAUCGAGAGAGAUGUUCCUGUUCCCAAAAAAGGUCACCUAUUUCUUGGCCACUGCAUGUCUUUCGCAACCGAAAAUGAUUACUUGACGUUUUUAAAGUCUCUUAUCCUGACCGAGUUUGAAGGCGGCAUUUCUGGAUUCGUCGUUUGAAAAACAAACAAAAAAAAAACGAUUUUAGCUCACGCACAAUUUUAGUGAUCAAACAACAGAUACCGAUUAUUUAGACCACGAAAUUUAAUCCUUGAUUUGAAGAAAUUUGCUGAAGGUUGAUAAUUGUUUUUAAAAUUUUUGACACAACUUUUACUUACCAACGUCCAAAUCCACAUUUUCCUGGCGUUGUUUUUGCAAUAUUACUUACAAGUGAACUUUCUAUUGACUAGAAAUUCAGCGCACUCGCGACAAGUCGUCACACGCACAUUUGAUUUUUGUAAUACCUUUUUCUGUGCAAUUUUAUCUUGCAAUCGUUGCCAUUUUUACCCAACAUUUCACUCGAAGGACGAGUGGGAAUUCCAAUUCCUUUCCACUUGAAAGUCGGGGCUGAGGUUGUUCCAAAGCUUCUCAAGAAUAGUUGGGACCACAAAGUGAUUACUUUUUUUUCUUUUAAAAAACCUGCUCUCAAAAGCAUUCUAUCCUUUUUGGAAAACAAUUGUUGUUACAUGUUAGUCUUAGAACAAUGAAGCAAACAAAAGAAUCCUAAUACACUUAUAAUUUUGGAUAGAA